AUGAAUGAGUACGGGAAGAACCGUUUGUAUGCGGAAAACGAAGACAUGCAAAUUCUCACGCUUCCCUACAAGGAUUCUACCUACGCAUUCAAUAUACUUCUCCCGAAAAAACGGUUCGGUCUCGCUGAUAUAAGGAAAAAGUUAAAUGGAGCUGCACUUCAGAAGCUACUCAGUCAAGUCAAAAUGGAGUAUACGACAAUCUCCAUUCCUAAAAUGAAAAUUGAGACCGACUUUGCGUUGAAAGAAGCUCUGAUCGCAAUGGGCGUUACAGAAAUGUUCACUGAUGCUGCCAACUUGACAGGUAUUACGAUGGAGCCUCCGCUGAAGGUGUCAAAGGCAGCUCAUAGAGCUCUGAUCGAGGUUUGUUGUUGUUGA